GCGUGGCAUACAUUGUGUGUCGUUUAAUAUAAAAGAGCUAUAAUAGUGUUAGUAUUAAAAAAAGCGUCAUGUAAACCCUGCUUGUUGCUGUACUAGGCGUAUAUGCAUGACGUGCCACACACAAGUAUAAACUUGAUGCAUUUAUCUCUCUCUCUAUCUCCCUUUAUUUCGUGCGUAUGACAUACACGCAUGCCGAGAGAGAGAGAGGAAGGGAGGGAAAGAAAGAGAGAGAGGCGAAUUGUGUCAAGUUACCAAGCGCUGUCAUUCGGCGGUGUUUCGUUAUACUGUACAUUGGUAGCAUUUUGUAGAAGUAAAAGCUCGCUGAAGCAAACGCAUAUUUAAUUAAAAACCGUAAGAAAUGGCGGACACGACUGUAGACGCUACGCGGCGUCUAAAUGUGAAAAAACAGACGCUGGACGACGCUUACGCGGCGCCUGCGAACUUCCUCGAAAUCGACGUGAUUAAUCCUAUCACACACGGCGUCGGCAAGAAACGAUACACCGAUUAUGAAGUUCGUAUGAGGACAAAUUUACCAGUCUUUAAAGUAAAGGAUUCAACUGUAAGAAGACGAUACAGUGAUUUCGAAUGGCUGAGAAAUGAAUUAGAAAGAGAUAGUAAGAUUGUAGUACCACCUUUACCAGGGAAAGCAUGGAAGCGUCAAAUGCCUUUUCGUGGAGAUGAUGGCAUAUUUGAAGAAGACUUUAUUGAAGAUCGAAGAAAAGGCUUAGAAGUUUUUGUUAACAAAAUAGCAGGACAUCCUUUGGCACAGAAUGAACGAUGUUUACACAUGUUUCUGCAGGAGCCAGUAAUAGACAAGAAUUAUGUACCUGGUAAAAUACGUAAUACAUAAGUCGCCAUAAGAAGUAUCGAGAAUAUCUUUCCCACCAAGUCUUCUACAUUCGAAGUCGUGUUUUGGUAUUGACAUCUUAUUUGGAAGUCAUGGACGUUCUUCUACACGUUCUUUUUGCAAAAGCUAAGUAAACUUCCAAUGCUGCGAUAUCAGAUGAGAUUGCUUAUUUGGAAACACUCACUUUUAUUUUACUUUAAAUAUUGCUACGAUCUAUCAUAUGAAAAGUAUAGUUAAGUAUCUUUAUAAGAAAACGAAUAAUAAAUCGGCAAAAUCAUUCUUACUUGUUAGUAGGUUGAUUCUGUCUACUGUUAUCAUGUUUAUAAGAAAGGAAAUAAGUAAAAUAAAAGAAAAUGUUAUCAUUCGUAAAAA